AUGAGACGGGCUAUUGAAGUCAGGGAUAGAAAAAUUGAGGUUCUGUCUGAAAAGCUAAAAGCUCACUCCAUGUUGUUUGAUUCCAUUGAAAAGGAGGCUUCUUCCAUCAAGCAAAUCAUGGAAGACACGCGCAAUGUUCUGAGUGCAAGAGAGGAAGUAGUUGCUGAGUUAAAGAGUAAAGUUGAUGAGGUUUCAACAUUUGAGAAACAAUUUGUAGAAAGGAUAAAUAACCUGGAAAGAGAAUUGAGGAACAAGGAACUCGAGCUUAGGAAGAGAGACAUGACUAUUCUGGGUCUGAAGUUGAAAGUUGAGGCAGCAGAUGUUAAAAUGGAAUUCCAACCAAAGAUUGAGGAGCUUCAGCAAGAUCUGUCUGUGAAGGAACUGAUCAUACAGAACUUAACGUCAGAGAACAAGGAAUUACAUUUUGAAGUGGCCAGUUUAGGUGUGGUCAUGAAGAAGAUCCAAGAUGCUCUCUCACGUAUGAAUGAAGAGGACAGAAAAACAUUCACUAUUGUGCUUGAAUGCCAAGAGGAGUAUGUAGCUAGUGAAAAGGGGGAAGCUUUAAGGGCAGAAGAUGAAGUUCAAAAUGGAGAAGAAAACCUCCAUGACAAGUCUUUUGUUACAAAGGACAACACAACUUCACCAGAAUUUGAUGAGGGUUUAAAAAACAACUCCUUGAAGGAGGAUGGCAUGUCUGAUUCCUAUGUAUCAGAGUCUGCUUCCUUAGUACAUCAAUUUGAAAACUGUGCACCAAGCCCAUCAGGAUGAGCUUACAGCCUCGGCAACCCAUCUAAGUUCAGAGUCCUCAACAGCACAAGAAGAUAAGCCAUAAAUCUGUGAGAUUCAGUCUUCUAUCCAUUUCCCAAUUCGUGUUUUUAAGGUUAAUAUUACAUAUCAAGGAAUUUAUCGGAUCAUGGUAACAUAAAGUGUCUAGCAUGUACAUAGAGCUUUUGCCUGAUGCUCUGCCUACUCUAAUAACCACAGUAAAUUCUCCUCCAUGCAUUCUGCAACCAUUUCUUUGUUUAGCUACUUUCUGUAUCCUUCUCCUCCCCAAGCAAGUACAGUUCAACCAUACUAAGAUAUUAAAACAUUCUGAUUUGUUUUCUUAUACAAUUCUGUACAUAGGUGUGAGUUGUGGUUGUGGUUGUGGUAUGUUUUACACAAUGUCUGUUAUGGUUCCACCUUGGGCUUGGCUUGUAGGCCAUAAUUUGGGCCUAUUAUAAAAUUUAGCAAGUUUAAACUUCAAAA